AUGUCCAAGGAGCUGCUGCUCGGGCAAUCCUCCCCGCGACCACGCUCACCAGGGCACAAUCGACCGUUGGUUUUCGCAGGCUGUUUGCUCGCCAUUCUAUACUUCGCAUGGCCGUACCGGUCGAAUGCGCACAAAGUGGGCACGAUAACAUGGGGGCUCGCGUGCGACCGGCCCCACCAAGAAUGCGGGUCGAUUAUUGUGCCCAAAGACUACCUUGACUUGGCAGCAGGCACCGCGACCAUCGCCAUCUCGCGCAUCCGGGCGACGUGGCCUAAGCAGGGAACGGUGUUCAUGAAUCCAGGUGGACCGGGCGGGCCGGGGACGUGGAGCCCAACGCUCCGUGCGGCGGCGCUGGUUGGCGGGCAGUGGGACCUGGUCGGUUUUGACCCCCGUGGAAUUCAUCGCACAACUCCACAGGUCAAGUGCUUCCCGAACUCCGACCAUGGCCUCUUCCAAGCGAACACUGUGCUCGAGCGCGGCCUCACCGUCCCGUCCAUCAGGAAUUUGAGCGAUCCCGCUGUGGAGGCAGCUCUGGAGGUCCAAAUCCGUGAGCUUACUGCUCUCAGGAAGGCGGAGGCGGAGAUGUGCACAAGGAAUGUCGGAGAGGAGCUGAAAUACGUUGGCACAACAACUGUUGUUCGGGACAUCGCGUUCAUGGCGGAUGUAUUGGAGGGGAAGGGCUCCAAGAUAAACCUAUAUGCGGGUUCUUACGGGUCGAUCAUCGGCACGUACUUGGUCAAUAUGUUGCCUGAACGAGCCGGCCGUGUUGUCAUCGACGGAAUUGUGGAUCCUGUUCGGUGGUCCAAUGAACCAAUGUACAAGUGGCCCUUGUGGCUUUUGGCGUCCACGGAAAAGACGUACCGGUUUUUCCUAGAGACUUGUGCUGAAGCGGGGCCCACGCGGUGUCCUAUUUCCUAUGAACUCGGGGAAGACCACAAGGUUUUGGAGGCCCGUUUUGAGAGUUUUUUCGACAAACUCGCGCUUGAGCCCCUUCCCGUCACAUCAUCACAAGCGUUCCGUCCCGGUCUAUUGACUUCCGGUGCUGCUCGAGGCCUACUCCUCGGCCUUCUCGGUCAGCCGCCACAAUGGCAAUUCGCGGCGCAGGCAUUCGCGGAGGCCUUUAGCGGCAACGGCACGCUACUUUACAACCAGCUCGUGGCGCCCGACGCCACCUCAGAGUCGCCAUUCCACGAUCUCGUCAACUCUGCUGUCAUUUGCGCCGAUGUGCCGUCCACCACUGCGGCGGACAUCCCCUCCUCGGCCGAGCUCGCGGAAGAGCAUAUGCGUGUGCUGCGCGAAGUCAGUCCCCACUUCGGCGCGGUGUACCAGGAUGCCGGAUGUGAGUAUUGGCCGACGUCGGGACGCGGGCCGGAGCGCUUUGCCGGCCCGUGGAACGCGACGCUAGAGACCCCUAUGCUGAUUGUGAGCAACACGAUGGACCCGAUAAGCCCCGGCCAAGCGGGUCUUCGCAUCAACCAAGAAAUGGGCAAUUCGACGCGGCUCAUCAUCCAAGAUGGACCAGGGCACUGCGCUUCGUCGCUUCCAACACCCUGCACCCGUCAGCUCAUAACCGAGUACUUCGCCGGGACAGUUCCCGCCAACGGGACGACUUGCGUCGCGUCCCUGGACUACUUCCCAUCCCAAAACGGGUCCGUGCCCGUUGAGCUGGACGAUGCGCAGAUGUGGGGUCUCAUACCUGGGCGACGGCGGCGCACAUGA